AAUAUUUUGAAAAGGAUGAUAUGAGUCGAAAAAACGCAUAAGAUUUAACAAUUUAAGGUAAACAUGUAUGGUCCUGAACUUGUAGGAGUUGGUGAUCUCUUUGAACUUGUUUGUGAAGUUGAAGGGGGGUCAGAACAAUAUCUUAAUAUAUUCUGGACUGAAGAGCAGCUAGGCUCACUCCCAAAUAGAAACGCAAAAAACUGGGGUUCAACAACUGAAAGGGUUUCAAGACUCAACGUGAACAAACUCAACUAUAAGAGAGGAAGUCGGUUCUAUUGUUUUGUCGGAGACACCAGACAUCCUUCUUCAUAUGUUGCAUACUCAUUCAAAGAUGUACACCAGCAGUUAGAGUGUGAAGAUAGAAAGGACCUCUUCUGCCGAAUUAGAUCUUCUGAAGAUGAAGUUUUCUGUUCUAUAGAAAGUAAGAAUAGAUACUGCUGCAAGAGUUGUAACAGCCCUCAAGUCUUCCUACCUCAACAAAUUAGUUCAAGAAAAAUAGUAAAUGUGGAGAUCUUUUUGCCCUAGAAGUAUCUACAUACCCAGCACGUUAUUGCGCAGAGAUUAAAACGUUGAGAUAGUUUGCUUCGUAUUGUUUUUAUAAAUAGAGUUUUAACUCGGACAAGACUUUUUUGUUCUUUUUGUUUUUAAAGCAAAUUGAUUGAUUGUCCAAACAAUAAGUAUAAUUAUAAUUUCUUAAUAAUAUUUGUUCAUAUUUUAUAAAUCUUGAAUAUAUUUUGUCGGAACGGACCAAUUUUCGAUCUCACGGACUAGUCAUGAAAUAAAAUGUUCUUAUAAAUGUUUUAACAUUAAAAUAAUGAAUAAAAGUAUUUAUUUGUUAA